CUUCUUGGCUAAAAACUGAGCAAGGCGCAGCGAAACGCAGCAGCGCAGGGUUUAUCCGCGCUCGAGGGCAUUUCAGAGCUAGACCAACGCUCUCGCCGCGGACCCAGCCAAGCCGCGCCGAGCGCGCUCCCCCGCGGCCGCAAUUGAAGCGCACCACCUUGGACACCAGUAGAAUGCUGCGCGCAGCGUUCGCGCGCGUCGCCCGCGCGGCGGCGCCGCCCGCGCGCGCCGCCAUGCGGCCCGCGCGCGCCGCCGCCCCCCGCACGACGCAAACGCGGUUCUUGGCCUCGUCCCUCCAGGAGACGAAGUCCGUCGACGACUUUUUACAAGCCCCGCCGGAAAAUAAAGUCGAGUUCAUGGUCACGAAGGUCGAUGAAUUGGUGAACUGGGCGCGCAAGGGCUCGCUCUGGCCCAUGACCUUUGGGCUGGCCUGCUGCGCGGUCGAGAUGAUGCACUCGGCGACUUCCAGAUACGACAUGGAGCGUUUUGGGAUGGUGUUUCGAGCCUCACCUAGACAGUCCGACGUCAUGAUCGUCGCCGGCACGCUCACGAACAAGAUGGCGCCGGCCCUUCGCAAAGUCUACGACCAGAUGCCCGAGCCGCGCUGGGUGCUGUCCAUGGGCUCGUGUGCCAACGGCGGCGGCUACUACCACUACUCCUACUCCGUGGUGAGGGGCGUGGACCGCAUCGUGCCCGUGGACAUCUACGUGCCGGGCUGCCCGCCGACGGCGGAGGCGCUGCUGUACGGGCUCCUGCAGCUCCAGAAGAAGGUCAAGUCGAACCGUAGUUUAUUGCUCCGGCUGCGCAAGUAA